AUGGCACCAGAGAUAAUAGAAGCCCCGCUGAUUCCAGUUCGCCCGCUGAAGAGAAGAUCCGAUGAAGGCUACAAUUCGGAUCAUUCUGGGGCAGAUUCUAGCGACUUCCCAAAGUCCGCGAAAAUCAGAAAAGUUGAUCUUGGAGAAGCAGCGACGAAAGAAGAGAUUGAUAGAGAAGGAGACAUUUUCAAGAACAAGUAUCAUGUGAGAAAAGUCUUUUACAAUUCGGCCAACGGGGUUAUUUAUACAGGGUACCGAAAAUCCGACAUGACGGAGGUGUGCAUCAAACAAGUUCCCAAAUCGCGCGUGACAAAUUUCGGCAACCUUGGCGGCCGUCGUUUUCCCCUCGAAUUCGUCAUGCAUGUCAACGCUGCCAAAGCUUCUUCAGGAGUUGUCAAGAUCUUCGACUGGUUCGAGCGAAAAACCAGCUUUGUCUUGGUGAUGGAAAGGCCAAAGAAUUCAGUUGAUUUGUUCGACCUUUCUGCUAAAUAUGGAUCGCUAAAGGAAGACCCAGCGAAAAUCAUCUUCCAUCAGAUCGUGAGAAUCUGCAAGGAUAUAUCCCUCUCCUCCGUCUUCCACCGGGACAUCAAAGACGAAAACAUCCUUGUCGACACGGAAACCCUCGAAGUCAAACUCAUCGAUUUCGGCUGCGCCACCGAGUUCGACAAGAAUCGGGUCUACUCCUCCGUCUCCGGAACACCAGAAUUCUUCCCGCCAGAAGUUUUCAAAGAAAACAGCUACCGGGCCGAGCCAAGUACAGUCUGGAGCCUUGGAACGCUUCUUCAUGUCUUGGUUUUUGGAGACAUUCCGUUUUACAACACAGAAGACAUCGUCGAAAACAAAAUUUCAUCAAAGGUAAGAAAACAGCGCUAG